AUGGGCGGUGAACGGGUGCAGGAGAAAAAAACGAGGGCUCCUUGUUCCACCCACUCCGCCGCCUAUUGCCACCUCCCUAACCCUCCAUUGCGCACGCCCUCCAACCCCUACACGGUGACUUGGUCGUUGACCCUGAUCCGACAACCCCAACACUCGCACAGUGCCCACCAGCCUCUCCAACUCCAGCAUCCUAGAUCUACAAGCAUUCUGCUUCACCAGAAGCAGCCUCCAAAGUCUCCACAUCAGUCUGAGACAUCCAUUCCACAGUCUCCAUACGCUUCACCGCACGUCAUAGGGAACGGUAUCCAUCUGCAGCGUCAAUCUCCAUACGGUGCUCCUCAAGAACCCACUUACUAUUCUUCUCACCCGGCGACUUACACUGCAACAAGUAGCUCAGGCCAUUAUCCCACAAGCGAGCGGCUCAAGGAGAUUGAGAGGAGGCAUGAGGACGCCAAAGUCAUCUCCUCUCCAUGCAGUGCAGUUUCACUUGAAGCCCCAGAUCUUAUGGCAGCAACCGCACAAAUGCAGCGACCUUACCCAUCCAUCUACCACACACCGCAGUCCAAUUCUCCAGCUUCUGUCGCGUCGCCGCAAAGCCAUGACCCCCAUGGAAGAAACCUCUACGGCCAACCGCCCCAAAUGGCAUCGGGCAUGUACGGCUAUCCGCAAUUUCCUCCCAUGAACCCAGUCCACACAGCCCCGUAUGCGCCUCAUCCUAGCCAACAACAUGCCCAUCUCACAUCUCAGCCCCUCCUUGUGGGCCAUCAAGGUACCCCUGGCCAACUGCAACAUCAACACCAACAAGCACAACAACAUCCUGGCGCGGUCACAAGCAGCCCACGGAUGAAAUUUGAUCCAACUCCUCAACAACCUACUCCUCCACAAAGAACACCACUAAACCAAUCACACCAACCGCCUCCCGUAUCAAUCGGUGCCACUCAUUCAGGGUCGGGUGGAAAUAACACAAGUGCUGCUCCCGGCCCAAUUCCCGCGACCACCCCGCUUGUCGUUAGACAAGAUAAGAACGGAGUUCAGUGGAUUGCUUUUGAAUAUUCGCGGGAUCGCGUUAAAAUGGAAUACACGAUUCGAUGCGACGUAGAAAAUAUCAACAUUGAAAACUUGAGCCAAGAAUUCAAGACCGAAAACUGCGUGUAUCCACGAGCAUGCUGCUCAAAGGAUCAGUACAGAGGGAAUCGUCUGGUGUACGAAACCGAAUGCAACGCUGUCGGGUGGGCAUUGGCUGAACUUAACACUUGUUUACGCGGCAAGCGCGGCCUUAUCCAAAGAGCGGUUGAUAGUUGGCGCAACAGCAACCAAGACCCACGGCUGCGCAGCCGCAGAGUAAGGAGAAUGGCCAAGCUUAACAACAGAAAAGCCGUUUCCGCACAACAUGCCAAUCACCUGACGGGACCCCCUUCUGCAGGAGUUCCUGGUAGUACUGGGUUAGCCCCCACUGGAAGUUUAAGUAUGGGAGGUCCACAGCUUCAUCAUCAUCAUGCACACCCAUCUGAAUCAGGUACAGCACAGAGUGGAGAGGACGUUAGCGGCAACGCUGAAUACUCGAACGGCACUCAUCGCCCACUUGCCCCGCCAAACACCUACACCCAACCUGCGCCAGCCCUGGCAGACAUUCGUCCUAGCCAUAUGUUCCAUGGCUACCCAACAUAUCCAAAUACUGCUUCUUCCAAUUCCCAAACAGGCCCCUCCAUGCCGCCUCCUCUACGCGACGCAGGCCUAGACCACUUAGGUCGCCAUUCUACUGUUGCAACCUCCCACUCCCGCUCCGGAAGUGACGAUCGCAAUCUUGAUAAAGCGGCUCUUUUCGGCGACCUUCCUGAGGGACGCCGGAGGAAAUUUAUCCUCGUUGAGGAUCCGCAGCGUGGUUGCAGAGUUCGAGUUAAAGUGAUGCUGGACCAGGUAGACAUGAAGGAAAUCCCGGACUCUUACCGCAAGUCGAAUUCUGUGUUCCCGCGGACGUAUUUCCCCGUACAGAGUCCGUUUGGGCGCGGUAACCGUGGUGAUAGGUUCGUUGAUGAUGCCGGAAGUAAUCGCGAAGACAGCCACGACGAUGAGGAAGCAACCGUUGGUCGAACUCUGGUUCCCGUGCCCACUCUUGAUGGAGAGGCGAAUCUGGCAGUCCCUAGGAUCGGAAGAGGCAAGCGCGAUAAGGAAGUUAUGCUGAACGAUUUGGGAUAUCGCAUGAGCUGGGGACAGAGCAGAGUCUUCGCAGGAAGGACUCUCUUCUUGCAGAGAGCUUUGGAUGCAUACCGCAACAAAAUGCGCAGCACGAUGAUCACUGCCGGCCAAGGACUCACUUCUGUCGCACCGCAUUUAGAGACCCGUGUUGGAAAGCGCAAGUGGCUAGAGCGUACCAAAAGGUCUCGGACUGCCAGUGUGCCUGGCACCCCAGCUGUUGCUACAUCGUCUUCCGCACGAAACGCGGAGGAGGUAGAGAGUUAG